AGACAAGAGGAGCACAAACCGGAUGGAGAUUGAUUGAUUGAGGAAAAAGAGGAGGAAGGAACAAACACAGAUGGCAGAAAGCUCCUGAAGAUAUUUAAAGUCCAGAUAAACUCAACGCAGCUUUGACAGAAAAGCCCAGCCAAUGAAAAGUACUGUACCAUUACAAACGAAAGGACAAAACCAAGCAGCCUUGUGAUAAUCUGGAGAGAUGGCAGUCAUCAAAGAGGAGAAGCUUGAGGAAGGCAAGAGGGUAUCCAGAGUUGCGACCCCUCCAGAGGGCGGCUGGGGUUGGAUGAUCGUCGCUGGAUGCUUCCUCGCCAACCUCUGCACCCGGGCAGUUACCAGAUGUGUUUCCAUGUUCUUUGUGGAGUUCCAGCUGCACUUUAAUAAAGAUUAUUCCACCACCUCCUGGAUCCACAGUCUGGUUGACUCCAUGACCAUGCUAUGUGCUCCUCUGGGUGGUUUCCUUGGGACCCGUCUCUCCAUCAGAGCUACAAUAAUGAUAGGAGGCCUUUUGUCUUCCACUGGUCUGGUCCUCAGUUCCUUUGCAACUAGUCUGGAGUACCUCUAUGCCACCAUGGGCAUCAUGACAGGUCUUGGUUUUGCGCUCAGCUACACAACAUCUAUAGCAAUGGUGGGGAUGUACUUCGAGCAGAGGAAAGCUCUGGCCUAUGGCAUCGCCCUCUCUGGUAGUGGCAUUGGGACUUUCAUCCUUGCUCCUGUGGUCCAAUUGCUCAUAGAAAAUUACUCCUGGAGAGGAGCUCUGCUCGUCAUGGGUGGAUUUGUUUCCCACUUGUGUGUUUGUGGUGCUGUUAUGAGGCCUGUGGAACUAAGAGGAGGUGAUAAGAUGUCAGAGGACGAGAAGGAAAACCUGGAGAGAGAUAGCAUGGAUACAGUGUUGGACUCCAAAGGUAGCGAGGAACCUUCUGAGUCAAAGCUGGAUAUUAACCAUUUGAACUAUACAGAAGGGCUGCUCAUAGCUAACGGAGCGCUCAAAAACUGUGAACAAGGGAACGUAGCGCUGCUGCCAAACCAGCCAGAUUCAAGAUUAACAGAUACAGCCGAGUGCAUUUUAUUUAGCAACAAGCUAAAUGCUACGAUAUCAGGGGACAACAAACUCUCAGAUCCUCAGCUAGCCAACGGUAGCACAAUUGAGGACACUAAGACAGAAGACUCAGGAUUCUCUGAGGCCGAUCCAGCAGAUGCUUCUCCCAAAGGUCCCUGUUGUUCCAUGUCCUGGAAGGAGUACAGCUUUCUUUUAACACCCAACUUCCUGAUUUUUUGCGCAUCCUGCCUGUUUAUGGCGUACGGCUGCAGCGCUCCAGUGGUUUACCUGGUUCCUUACGCCAUCUUUCAGGGGGUGGAGCAAAAGCACGCUGCCUUUCUCAUGUCCAUAUUUGGAGUUUGUGGCAUCGUGGGUAACAUCACCUUUGGAUGGAUUACAGACACGCAGCUUCUGAAGAAGUAUCGCCUGGUGUGCUACAUGGUGGCGGUCGGUAUGGAAGGCCUCUGCUGUUUGGUCCUCCCGCUCCUUAACACGUUUCCCCUCCUCGUCAUGUUUUCGGUGGUCUACGGUUACUUCGAUGGGGCCUACGUGGCGCUCAUUCCCGUAGUGGCCUCUGACGUUGUGGACCCCUCCUGCCUGACCCCUGCUCUGGGUGUGGUCUAUUUCCUGCAUGCCAUCCCUUUUCUGAUCAGUCCACCAAUAGGAGGUUGGUUAGUAGACACUACAGGAAACUACACAGCAACCUUCUUCCUCUGCGGGGCGUGUUUCAUUUUCAGUGCCUUCAUUCUGGGAGCUUCCAUGUUAGCCCGAUGCUGCCGGAGGUCCAAGUCUAUCUCAGACACUGUUGAAGGGAGGACCACGGAGGACCAUGACUGUCAGUCUUCUGGAGAACUGCAGCACGGUUCAUGAGAGACAAUUUAAUUUAAAUCUAUUAGAAAAUACCCACCCAAAAAAUGAGCUAGGGGGUAUGGACUGAUGCUCAUAUUAAGCUGCUUCUACUAUGAUUUCUUAUAGUGACUAUUAAGCUCUUUUUCUAUGAAAAUGAUAUUGAAAAUAUCACCCGACACUGUGAAAGUGUAUAAUGGCUGUGACUGAUGGGUACUCAUGACACUUGAUUUGAACAUAAAUUAAUUAAUUAAUUAACUUUAUUAUUUUUGCUAUGGAGUUUAUAUGGUGAUAUUAUUAAAUAAAGAAAAAGUUAAAUCAAUCGUGUUUGUGUUUCAUGAGGGAGUAGCAUCAAUUCAUCUGUUUUGUAUUUUUAAUUGUAUGUAUUUAAUUUAUAAUUGAACAUAACGUAACAUAACAUAACA